AUGCAGUUGAGUCUGGGCUCACAUGAACUCCAGAAACGAGCGUUUAGAGUUCAGAGGCUUACCGGUUUCAGUAUCGGAAGUUGUUCGGUUCAGAUUGAAGCUCACAACUCCGGAAAUGCUCCUAUGUUCACUANAAAAUUUGAUCUCUUGAAGGGGCAGUUGAUUGAUUCUGGCAUUACAUCUGCCGACAUAUUGAAGGGAGUUAUUUCACUAAUAUUUGAUAAGGCAGUGCUAGAACCAACAUUUUGCCCAAUGUAUGCCCAGCUAUGUUCUGAUCUUAAUGAAAAGCUGCCUCCAUUCCCAUCUGAUGAGCCUGGUGGGAAGGAAAUCACUUUUAAGAGAGUGCUCUUGAAUAUCUGCCAGGAGGCUUUUGAAGGUGCAGAUAACCUGAGGGAAGAAGUGAGACAGAUGACUGCUCCUGAGCAGGAGAUGGAGCGAAGGGAUAAGGACAGACUUGUCAAGAUUCGAACCCUUGGAAACAUUCGUUUAAUUGGUGAGCUAUUGAAGCAAAAAAUGGUUCCCGAAAAGAUUGUUCAUCACAUUGUUCAGGAGCUUUUAGGUCCGCCUGACAGCAAGGUAUGUCCAGCUGAGGAAAAUGUUGAAGCUAUAUGUCAAUUUUUCAACACUAUUGGUAAGCAGCUUGAUGAAAGCCAAAAAUCGAGGCGUAUUAAUGAUAUGUACUUCAGUCGUUUGAAAGAAUUGAGCACCAAUCCCCAACUUGUUCCACGGCUGCGGUUUAUGGUUCGUGAUGUUCUAGAUUUGCGUUCUAAUAACUGGAUUCCUAGACGUGAAGAGGUGAAAGCCAAAACCAUCACUGAAAUUCAUUCAGAGGCAGAGAAAAAUCUUGGAUUGCGUCCAGGUGCCACUGCAAGUAUGAGAAAUAGCCGUGUAACUUCUGGUGUUCAAGGAAAUGUCAGUCAGGGAGGAUUUCCAAUUGCCCGACCUGGUACUGGUGGUAUGAUGCCUGGGAUGCCGGGGACAAGGAGGAUUUCUGGAAUUGAUAAUGACAACUGGGAGGUUCCCAGGACAAGAUCAAUGCCGAGAGGAGACAUGUCAGGCAUGCAAGCUGGAGGGCGUGGUCAGUCUCCUUUCAUAUCUAAGACACCAACUGUUAGCUCAAAGUUACUACCUCAAGGUAGUGGUGGUACUAUAAGUGGGAGAAGCAGUGCCCUGGUGCAUGGAGGUGGUGGUGCUCCUUCUGCUCGUCCAUCAAAUGUUGGUUUGAGUACCGAGUCCACACCUCAAAUGCCUUCACCUGUUAAAGCUGUUUCUGCCAUACCCUCUGAGAAGCCACAAGCUUCAGCUCCAAAAUUGAAUGUUGACGAACUUCAGCGUAAAACUAGUUCUCUUCUGGAGGAAUAUUUCAGUGUCCGGCUUUUGGACGAGGCAUUGCAGUGUGUGGAGGAACUAAAAGCUCCGGCUUAUCAUCCCGAAGUUGUGAAGGAAGCCAUUUCCAUUGGACUAGAUAAAAGUCCGCCAUGUGUUGAACCUGUUGGCAAACUUCUUGAGUAUCUGUUCGUGAAGAAGAUUCUUUCAGCCAGAGACAUAGGAACUGGGUGCAUGUUAUUUGCUUCUCUGCUGGAUGAUAUCGGCAUAGACUUACCUAAAGCACCAAAUAAUUUUGGUGAGAUAGUAGGGAAACUAGUUUUGGCUGGGGCUUUGGAUUUUAAGGUGGUGAGAGACGUCCUGAAGAAGGUGGAGGAUGACCGGUUCCAGAAAGCAAUAUUUUCUGCUGCAUUGCAGGUAAUUAGCUCUGCAUCUGGGCAAGCUGUGUUGGAUUCACAAGCAUCUGAUAUUGAGGCCUGUCAGAGUCUGUUCAACUGAAUCAGAUGAGUCUGCAUGAGAAUAUUGAUCCCUGUAACUGAACGAACAUCAAAUUCCCUUCCCUAUAAAAGCUCUCACUUUUUAGAGCACUUUGUAUUACAGUAUGUUAUAAAAGUGGGAGCUUCCAGUAUCAGGUAUUUUCUCGAGUUGUAUAAUUUUUUUUUUUGUUUUCAUGUCGUAGAGGUGUUUUUUGAGGGAAAAGUUAAACCAUAAAGCUACGGAUUUUGUUUUCCAGUUGGCUAAUCAUGUGCCAAGAGAGUGGCCCAUCCAUCCGGGGGUCCAAAUGUUUUUGUACUUCAUUAGUUUCAUUUUUUUCCCUUUAUUUUCUUGACAGAGUAAUUGUUAAACUGGUCAGUUCAUAAAUAUCAUUGUCGUUACUUUGGCAUGUA